AACAACUGAUAAGAUCAUUAUUUAUAAUUAAACAAAUUUAUUCACAAAAAGUUAAAUUUUUCUAAAACUUAACCACAGGAUAAGCUUACACAUAAUUUUAGAUGGAUUGAAAAAAACAGGAUGAAUCUGACAGUAAUCCUUAUAAAAUGCAUUUAACUGAGAAAUACAAGUUUGUACAAGUUUUAAAUAUCCCAACGUUUCUUCAGGAUUGGGUUUACGAACAAAUCAAAAAAGCAAAAGGCAGAUUUACUUAAUAAUGAAAUAUCCCCAUUCGAUGCAAUAAGAAAUGUUUCAGCUAAACACUCACAUUUCGUCAAGUAUCUUGCUUUAGAAGGUUCAGUCAAUCAAAGUUUAACCUACCUUCCAUCAACGGUCAAAAUGAGUUUGCAGUGGCCUGAUCAAGAAAAAUCAGAUAUAUUUGAUUCCAAUGAAACAAAAAAUUCAACAGUGUGUUCAAACGAAUGUGUUAAUCCUGAAGAAAUUAGCUACAAGAAUGACAACUGUACUAAUGUGAUGAUUCAACCACCUAAAUGUGGACAGAGAAGUUCUAGUGUUACACCAUCAGAUAGGUUUUCAGAAACAUCUAGUGAUAGAAACAUAGAGUCUUGUUCGACAUGCGAAAACGUUUAUCCACCAACUCCUGUUGCCUCCAAAUCUACCGUGCUUCUCCGUCGCCCAAGAACUCCCACUUUAGGAAGAGCUGCUUUAUUUGUUCGUGCAUCAUAUAUGGGUGUGGAUAAGUCGGGAACACCAACUAGUUUAUCAUUUUCAAAACAAAGUACAAAACGAGAUACUGUGUUAUCAAAUGAUUCUCAUUUCAGUGAUUUUCCGAAUUUAUCCAGUACACAGUCAGGUUUUAUUAGUCGUAGUUCAAGUCUAAACUCUGAACUCAGGGAAUUCAAUCAAAAUACACAGCAAAGUUUUAACCGAUUAUCUGUUAAAAAUAACUCAUCACAAACUAAUUUACAACCAUUUAAUCUGAAUGGACGUCAGUAUGAAACGAAAAUUCCAAAAGCUACAUCGAGUAGAUAUAAUUGUCAUGCUUAUGAUACUGUUCCGUUGGAUAAACUUGAAUGUUUGAAAUUAAUUCCUUCAGUACAAAUGUUGAGUAAAAGUUCUGAAGUAAAUUCAGAAUCAUCAAAUUUAGCAUUUAUCAAAUCAUCUGAUAAUGUUCCAACUACAAUUUCUUCUUUACAUGGAGAUCAAAAACUACAUUCACAUACUAGUGAAUAUAACACUGAACAAAAUCAAACUCAAGUGAUAGAAUCUAAUAUUUUGCAAGAUACAAGACAUCCUGUUGAUAUGUUGAUUACAUCAUCUUCAGAAACUGAAGUAUCAGUUGUGACUCACAAAAAACCAAUAAAAUAUGAAUCUAACCGUACUUUGGAAAUCUCUAAUCUCCAGCUUAAUCCACAAUCCUUUUCAAAAAAUUGUAGCAAUAUUUCAAAUUCACGUAAAUCAGUUGAAAUUCCAAAAGCUUCAGUGCAACCUAUAAGACAGAAACCUGUCAAGACUAUCAAUGGAGCAGAAUUACCGACUUCACCAAGAUCUCGUAGUUCACAAAAAUCAAGUCAUCCAUUUUAUUCAAAAUCAAAUAAAAAUUUAACAAAAAAAUUCAGUGAAUCAAUUAGUAACACUGAAACCAGUACUGAAAUACCGUUUCCCAAACAUAACUUAGAAUAUACUAAACAGUUUCAAAAUGAAACAGUGAUCGAUCAUUCAGUUAACAUUGGAUCAUUUGUUUUACGCAGACGUGCCAAACCGGAAUUGGAAAAUGAACAACACAAAGAUGUAUCACUUCGAAUAUCCAUACAAGAAGUUAAAAAUCUUUCAGCUAAAGGACGAUACUUUUGUGAAAUAUGUUUGGAUCGUACAUUAUAUGCGCGUACCACUAGUAAACUGUCAGAUGGAACUGUAUUCUGGGGGGAACAAUUUGAUUUAAAUAAUUUGCCUAUAAUAUCCAUUAUGACAAUAAAUUUAUUCAGGCAAGCAACUUCUGUAAAAGACAAACGACAAAGGAAUAAAAAUCAGAAUCAAUUUAUCGGUUAUGUUACUAUCCCACUAAACGAUGAUUCACAACAAUGUGAGAUACAAAAAUGGUUUACGAUGCAACCUCCACAAAUUAAUUCAAAUUUAAAUUAUCUAGAAAAUUUACAAGUUCGUCAUCAACAACAAACAGAUACAAAUCAAACACCAUCGACUAAUUCUUCAAAUGGUGUAUCAGGACGAUUUCGUAAACAUUCGAUUCCAGCUUCAUGUUUUGGAUAUUCUAAUUCAUUUUCAAUUAUACCCAAUUCACAGUAUACUACUAAUAGUAAUCAUAAAUUAAAUGAUGAUAAUGAACUAAAGUAUAACCAUUUGGAACUAUCAAAGAAGAAAUGUUCAUGGACUGCUGGUGUCAGUACAGAUAGUAAUUUUAAUAAAACUAAUAAAAUUAUUCCUAAAUCAUCAUCGUCUACAUCAAGUGCUACUUCACCAAAUCUUUCACCUAAUAGUAAUUCAAUUACAAAUAAUUUUAUUUUACCUGAAAAUUCUUUACCUCAACUAAGAAUGAUGAUUCAUUAUCAAACAGUCGAUAUUCUACCGAUUGCUUGUUAUAAUGAAUUGAAAGAGUUCAUCAAAACAAAAUAUUUAGAUUUAAUCAGAAACUUGGAACUUAAAUUAUCAGCUAAACAAAAAGAAGAAUUGACCAGUUGUUUUGUAAAUAUUUUUGAAAAGUUACCAGAUUUAUCUGUAGCGGAAUUUUUAUCAGUACUACUCCGUGAAGAUUUAAGUAAUAAUGGAAAAGAAUCUAUGAUAUUUCGAGCUAACUCAGCAGGAUCAAAAGCAAUGGAAUGUUAUAUUAAAUUAGUGGGAACUGAUUAUUUACGAUACAUUCUUGGUCCAGUAAUCGACCAAUUACUUGUUAUUGGAGAUGACUUCGAAAUAGAUCCUUCUAGAUUAGGAGCUUCUAAUGAUUCAUCUACUGCACCAAACAACCGAAAUACAUUAUCUGCUAUACUAGAAAGAAAUCGUACUGCUUUACUAAAAAAUGUUGCAAUGAUCUGGCGAAGAAUUGAAUCAAGUCAAUGUAAACUACCGAAAGAAUUACGUGAUGUUUUCACUGCACUAGCAUUAACAAUUGAAGAAACACAUGGAGUUCAAUCAGCGGCACAUUUAAUUUCAAGUUGUUUAUUUCUACGUUUUAUUUGUCCAGCUAUACAUGGUCCAGUAUUAUUUGGUUUAACAUCAUCUAUACCAGAAAAUAAUCGUAUUUCUAGAAAUUUAACAUUAAUUGCAAAAGUUUUACAAAAUUUAGCUAAUUUAACAUUAUUUGAAGAUAAAGAAAUUCAUAUGAAAGUAUUAAAUUCAUUUAUUGAACCAGAAAUACCAAUCAUGUAUAAAUUUCUUCGAUCAAUUGCUUCAAAUACCGAUUCUAAUUAUCAUUUAUCAACUAAUUCUGAUUGUCAUGAAUUUAUUGAAUUAGGAUAUGAAUUUGCAAAACUGACUCAAUUACUUAAUCUUUAUAUUAAUAAAAUUAAUAUUACGCCACAAAUUGCUGAAUUACCAGACCUACUACAGAAUAUUUCAGAGUUAUUAAAUAAUCAAACCUUUACAUCAUGGAAUCAUAAAAGUCAGACCAGUUUUGAAAGAAACACAAAUAGUAAUUCACAUUCUUCUAGAAGUGGAAUACCAAGACAUCAUAGUCUCUCAAACAAUAAUCCUAUUUUGGGUGUUGAUAACAGAAGGCAAUCAGAAGCGACUACCAUCAUAAAACCAUCACUGACUAAGUUACACGUAGACGGUAAGCUAUCACCGGAAGCACCUAUAAAUGUAAAACCAAUACAUAAUCAACAAGAACCUAAUAAUAAUGCUACUUCAAAUAGUUCAGCUAAUAGUAAUGAAUUUAUUUCAAAUACAAAACAAGAAAAAUCGUGGGAUACAUUUAUUAUACAAAAAGAAUAUUUACCAUGUAAAUUUAAUUCUGCCGAUAUGAUAUUUAAACAAAUACACAUAAAUGACAUUGAACAAUCAGAAAACAUGGAGGAGUUAUUAAGUCAAUAUCGUGAACAAUUACGUCAGUUAAAUGAUUGUAUUGAAAAAGUUGAACCGAAUUGUUGUCAUCACCCAAAUUUAUCUCAUGCUUUAAGUCAUUCUACACAAUCUGUGCAUAGAAUUAGAAACCCUUCAAAUAGAAUUCCUAAUAAUAAUGCCAAUAUCAAUGGAAAUAAUAACCAUAUAAACAACGGAAGAUCUGAUAGAAAUUUAUCAAGACAAAGUACUGAUGAGAAUAGUUAUCGUCAAGUAAAACGAAAAAUAAUAAAUUCAAAAUCCGAUAAUUCAACACCUAUACCGUUAGAUCGUGUGUUGAAAAAAGCGCAGUGUCCAUAUCAAAAUUCAGACAAAACGAAUAAUAAUUCAAUAAGUAAAGAUGAUGAUGAUGACGAUGGAGAUGAAGAUGAUGAUAAUUAUACCAGUGAGUGUGCUAUUGGUAGAACAUUAGUUCCUACUCAUUCUGCAUCUAUAACUAUUGAUCGUUCAAGUACAAGCGAUAGUGAUUAUGACUAUGACGAUUGUGAUGAUAGAAUCACAGAAUGUACUACUGAAGAUACAAGUGAAUACGCAAAGAAAACAACCACAAAAAAUAACAAACCAAGAAGAAUUUCCGCAAGACAAAAUCAUUUGUCUGAAUCUCCAAGUCUGGAUCAAUUAGCUGAAAAAUUACAAGAAUUGAAAAAAAUGCUUCAAUUAGAACGUCAAGAAAUUGAAGAAGUAGUAGCAUCUAAAACGGAAGUGAUAAAACAACAAGAAAAAUCUAUUGAACAAUUAGAAUCGGAACUUGAUCAAUUACGCAAAGAGCAUAGACCAUUAAAAAUGAAACCAUCGAAUGGUAGACAUACAAGUAAAUCAACUUCACGUACAGUCAGUCCAACUUCAUCACUUUCAUCUGAAUGUUAUUCAUCUAAUUUAUCUGAUACAACUCAAAAUUGUCACAGUUAUAAUAAUCCUUUUUAUCAUAACGAUAUACAUAACAAUAAAAAUCAUAAUAAUACUAACAAUAAUAAUCACUUUUUCGAUCCAUCAAUUACAAAUUAUCACAGUAAUAAUCAAGGUUUAAAUAAUCUUAGUAGAGGUGAACCAGUCAAUCCAGAGAAUUAUCGUACUGAAAAUUUUCAAGAAAAAUUAUUAUGGAGAGGACAAAUGAGUCGAUGUGAACCACAAGUUAGAUGUGAUUCUAACCUACUUUAUUUGUCAAGGGCUAGUGAAGGAACAGGAAUUCCAUUAGGACAUUUAAUUGGAGCAAAUCGUUCAUUACAUAUUGGACGUCGUGAAUCAGAAACUAAACUUUUGCCACAUUAACACUAUACUCAUAAGUUAAUAUCUAUUAUUAUAAUAGGAUAUUUUCAUAAACUCUUUUGACAAUAUUAAUUAUCUUUUAAUAGUUCAACAAGAACUACUCAUACAUAAACUAUUGAUGACAUAUUUUCAUCCUUGAAAUACAUAACACUUAAGCCGAAAUCAUUGGUACAUUGAAUACAAGAAGUGAACUAAUAAUAUAUGAACAUAUUCAUUAGAUGCUACACUAGGUACAAGCUGUGACACUGUGAAUACAUUACUAUAUAUAUAAUACUUGUGUAAACACCCCAGGAUCCCAGUGACUUAUUUAAACGAAAAACAAUCAAGUUUAUAUAUAUCUAUACAAGAAAACUAAAUAGUUUGCAUUUUUGUCAACUGCUUUUCUUUCUCUUGUUUUUAGUCUUUCUAAUUGUAGCAGACUGGAAAAAUGUAAAAUUCAUACAGAGAUAAAGAAAGAAAAAAAAAACAAAAUCAAAAUAUUGAUAAAGAGUUAUUUGUUUCUGUUUUGUUUCAAAUUUCAUUUUAUCAUUUUUCUUAUUCCUUUUGUAUCCAUUUUUAAUUCUUGUCUUAUUAUUAAUAAUAUUAUAUUACUUCCCUUUCUUAAAAAGAAACACGUUUAUUAUACUUCUUAAUGGCAUUCAACAACAGUAGUUUUUUUUCCAUAAUAAAUAUGUUCAAUCAGUAGAACCAGACGAAACUGGAUGUACAUACAUUUAUAGUUAGAUAUAUCAAUAUUGACAUAACUAUAUACAUUCAUAUACAUAUAUACAUUAAUAUAAUCUAUAUUUCAGGUUAUUAAUACAAAUGUCUCAUUUUAAUAAUGCAUAAGAAAAAUUGAAAGAUUUUUGAGAAUUAUAUAUUACCUUAAUGACUUU